AUGCCCACCGCGCCGACACUCUCGUUCGUCGUUCUAGUUCUCUCGUUGCCCUUCACGCUCAUCUCGCGACCAUCAUGGCAUGCUGUUGACGCUCUCACAAAGCCGGUCUCCAGCACUGGGGAAGACGGCUCUCGGGUACUGCUCCUUACCGCGCAUCCCGACGAUGAGUGCAUGUUUUUUGCACCGACACUACUAGGCCUUUUCGCGCAUGGUUCCGCCUCUGUGGAAGAUAGGAACUCCCCCGAGAUCUUCUCGCUCUGCCUGUCAGUCGGAAAUGCGGAUGGGCUUGGGAACGUCCGUCGAGACGAGCUCGGUCAAAGUCUGGACGUACUCGGUGUUCCCCCCAGCCGUCGAUGGGUCGAGGAUAGGAGUGACCUGCAAGACAACUUCACCGCGCAAUGGGACCAUGACACCAUCGCAGACGUCGUCCGGCCAUACGUCCUCGAGAACCGUAUCACGACAAUCCUGACAUUCGACAAGUACGGCAUCUCCGGGCACCCGAACCAUGUCUCGCUGCCGCACGGUGCCGCACGCAUGCUUUCGACCUUCCCGUUGCACUCAGACAUCGGCAGCCCAGAAUCGUCCGCGACCGCAUCUACACUCGCCCGGCCACGGCUGUUCACACUCGUCUCCGUCCCCCUUGCGCACAAGUACACCGGCCCAUGGGCCGCACUCCUAUUGAAAGCGAGCUUCACUGUAUCCGACGUUCGGACCGGACCAGCGUUCGUGGCAGGCGUAAACGAGUAUGCAACGGCGCUGCGCGCGAUGAUGCAGCACCGGUCGCAGUUAGUGUGGUUUAGGUGGUUGUAUGUCGCGUUUUCGCGCUAUAUGUGGGUCAAUGAGUGGGUAGAGGUCGUGCCUCCGAGCAGUCCCGAAAGCGCUGCGCCCGUGUAA